AAGCUUCAGGAUCUGUGAUUCUGAGAACGAAGGAUCGUACGUGUAGCGGGACGUGGUCCUCUGAAGCGUGUUUGCACUCACUUUUGGAUCAGCAUCACCAUCACGAGCUUCCUGGACACACGCCUUGAAGCCAAGAUGUCUCUGAUCGCAAGACUCCUCCGAGGAGCGUUGUACUUGGCGCUCCUGAGCCUGGUGUCCUACAGCACCAUCCUCACAUCGGAGCCGGAUGUCAAGAGUCCGGAGGUGCGGCUGGAACAAGGCACGGUGAGGGGCAUCGAAGAGGGUGGCAUAGAGUACUUUAGAGGCGUACGCUACGCUUUGGACACUGCCAACGAGGGAAGAUUCAGAAGACCGAGACCCAUCUGGGAAAACCUGAGCCACAAAUUUCCAGUCGAGUCGAUUCAGGUCAAUCGCACUUUGUCUUGGCAAGGCGUUUACGACGCCUCAUUCUUUGCUCCUAGCUGUCCGCAAUUUGUCGUGCCCAAAGUCUUUGGCGGAUGGGCACCUCCCUUGCCGGCAGGAAGAUUGCAAGAGGUGGUGUCGGAGGAUUGUCUGCAUGUAAACAUUGCCAGGCCGCCGGGCAUAAGCAUUCACAAGCCUCUGCCAGUGUUUGUGUGGAUUUAUGGAGGCGCGUGGAUAAUGGGCGCAGACUUUUUGUACGAUCCAAAGACUUUGAUGCAAGCCUCUUUGAGAAAAGGCGAGCCCAUCAUCGUCGUGACGCUCAACUACCGCGUUGGCGCAUUCGGUCUGCUGGCUGGUCCUGCCGUCAAUGAGCUAGCGGCAGAAGGAGAUGCUGAUCUCAAUACCAUGCUAUGGGAUCAAAGGACCGCUCUGAGAUGGGUCAAGAGGAAUAUUGCGCAAUUCGGCGGCGAUCCUGACCACAUCACGCUCGGCGGCGAAUCCGCAGGGGCGGUGUCGAGCAUGUAUCAGAUGCUGGCAAAUGACGCGGACAGGGAGCGCGAGGAUUUGUUUCAUGCCGUGAUACUUCAAAGCGGGGGUGCAUUCCCCGGGAGCGUGUCGGCAACCAACUACAGGCACAGGGACGAGUACAAUCAGCUACUAGCGACGACGCCCUGCGCUGCCAAAGUCGGCUCUCGCGAGCAGAUCGCCUGCCUGCGUGGGCUUUCCACUGCUUCUAUGAUGGCAGCCAACACCCGCUCUGUCCAGCGCCUACUAGGUGUCCUCAACGAAGCUUCUUGGCAGACCCAAUUCUUCUUCCCUUGGUUUCCCACUCAGGAUCCUUACUUUGUGCCCGAGUCGGCUUACGAACGUGUGACCAGAGGCAAAUACCUUGACAUUCCCAUCUUGGCGGGCAAUACGCUCGACGAAGGAACGUUGUUCACGCCUACAAAUAUUCAGAACUCUUCCAUGCUGUUCUCCUGGAUGCGAAGGGGCGUUCUCUCUACCGAAGGCCUGGAUGUCAGUCAUCAAUAUACGGUCAUCGACAAGAUACUGCAAGCAUACCCAGACGACCCUGUCAAAGGAAGUCCUUUCAGAGCCGAUCUGGUUGGAAAGAAGCCAGAGGAUCGUCUAUUUGCACCAAACGAGACGAAUCAAUACAAGCGCGCCGCCGCCAUUCUGGGCGACCUAGGCUUUGUGGCCCCGACUCGCUAUCUGCUCGAACGGCAUUCUGCAGCUCUUCAAGAGCAUAACAAAACUUUCCCGAUCUGGUCGUAUACGCUAAGCGAGCCUGCUCCCGGCGCGCCAGCACACCUAGGCGUCCCUCACGCCGUCGAUAACGAUUACUUGUUCAAGCCGUCUGCAUCUUAUCUUUUCCUUCGACCGCCGACUGAUUUUCGAGUGCCCGGCAGUAGAUGGGCUAGCGUGGCUGAAGCGCUCGCGAGCUCGUGGGUCAGCUUUGUGAAUCAUCACACGCCAAACGGUCGAGGAGCCAUGUCGUGGCCUUCUUACUCGACCCGGCCGCGUCCAGGGAUCCCGAAGCGUGCGAAUCUCAAUUUCCAGUUCAUGAACAGCACGGUCGAGACGCUGACCGCGCGCCACGAGGUGAUACUCAACACGUUCAUUCACGACGAGGAAGUCCGACGUGCGCUUGCAUAUUAGACAUGAUUCACACCUUCUGGCUGAGUGAUGACAGCUGUGUCAUCUUCGUCAGCAUCAGGGUUCACUCAAGAAAGAAUGACCGCGCGGUCUAUCAUCUGGCGUGCAGGUGAUCACUGUGAAUGUCCUGCACGAUAUAUUACUUGGCAAUGUUCAAGCUUCAAUUUUGGAAUGCAAGUCCUGACAACUUUCA